UCUUAAUCCCUUUCCUUAAACAAAGAAUAAAUAAAUAAAUAAAACAAAAUAAGACAAAACUCACUCUCACUAACACUUAGAACAGAGUAAAUUAUAGACUCUCUCUCUGGGUGGAGCUCUCUGUUCUUGUAUUUUAGGGCUCAGGGAGGUGUUGAGUGAGCACGGCAGCAGCGGAUCUUUCUCCCCAGCUCCUCCAAUGGCUAGCGCUAACGCUCACAUUAGCAACGGCGACCACGAGCAGCCGCCGACGAAGCCGGCUGGGCUCACGGCCUCGGGGUCGUUCAGGGCUCGCAGGAAAACCAGCUCCUCCGCCGGAAUCUCCCGAGCCGGCUCCGAAGUCGAUGACAUCAUCACCCUAAUGCACGGCUCCGAUCCAGUCCGAGUUGAGCUCAACCGCCUCGAGAACGAUCUCCGAGAUAAAGAUAGGGAAUUGGGAGAUGCUGUUGGGGAAAUCAAGUCUUUGAGGAAUUCAGAGCGCCUUAAAGAGAAGGCGGUGGAAGAGUUGACAGAUGAACUAAACAGGGUGGAUGAAAAGCUGAAAGCAACUGAAGCCCUUCUGGAAAGCAAGAAUCUUGAGAUUAAGAAAAUAAAUGAUGAGAAAAAAGCAGCUUUGGCUGCACAAUUUGCAGCGGAAGCCACACUUCGAAGAGUUCAUGCUGCACAAAAAGAUGAUGAAAUGCCCCCCAUUGAAGCCAUCAUCGCUCCACUGGAAGCAGAGCUUAAGCUUGCUAGGCAGGAGGUAGCAAAGUUGCAGGAUGACAACAGAGCACUUGAUCGGCUUACUAAAUCCAAGGAGGCUGCUCUAGUUGAGGCCGAGAGAACUGUUCAGAUUGCUAUGGUAAAAGCAUCCUUGGUUGACGAUCUGCAAAACAAAAAUCAAGAGCUGAUGAAACAGAUUGAAAUAUGUCAGGAGGAGAACAAAAUCCUUGACAAAAUGCACCGGCAAAAGGUGGCUGAGGUUGAGAAGCUAACACAAACCGUUCGUGAGCUUGAGGAGGCUGUUUUAGCCGGUGGAGCUGCUGCCAAUGCUGUGCGUGAUUACCAGCGUAAAGUGCAGGAGAUGAAUGAGGAGAAAAAACUGUUGGAACGGGAGGUGGCUCGUGCAAAGGUCUCUGCAAAUAGGGUUGCCACUGUUGUUGCAAAUGAGUGGAAAGAUUCCAGUGACAAAGUGAUGCCCGUAAAACAAUGGCUUGAAGAAAGGAGAUUUUUUCAGGGAGAAAUGCAACAACUUCGAGACAAACUGGCAGUAGCUGAGCGUACUGCAAAGGCAGAAGCACAAUUAAAGGAAAAAUACCAACUAAGAUUCAAGGUUUUGGAGGAAAAGUUUAAAGCAACGAAUGGAAAAUCCCGCCCAUCCUCAGAUGCAAGAAUCAUCAGCAAUGGGCCUUCAAGGCGUCAGUCUCUUGGUGGAGCUGAGAACUUCUGUAGAGCGUCCUCUAAUGGCUAUCUAUCUAGGACAAAAUCAAAUUUACAAUCUGGUUUCAACCGUUCCAACACUGCUACUGCAAUAUUGAAACAAGCCAAGAGUUCAUCUAGAUCGUUUGAUGGUGGUAGUAGAUUGCUAGACAGAGAUAAGCUAGUACCAGAUGCAACUGGGAAAGAUAACACAAACAGUGCCAGUGAUCAGACUCAGAUGGAUGAGACAAUUGGUAGACAUGAGGAGAGGGCAAAUGGAUCUUUGGCUGAACAAUCCAGGACAGAGCAUGAAGAUUAUGUUUCUGGAGUGCUGUAUGAUAUGUUACAGAAAGAGGUCGUAUCUUUGAGGAAAGCUUGCCAUGAGAAAGAUCAAACCCUCAAGGACAAGGAUGAUGCAAUUGAGAUGUUGGCAAAGAAGGUGGAUACACUUAACAAAGCAAUGGAGGUUGAGGCCAAAAAGAUGCGGAGAGAAGUAGCUGCCAUGGAAAAAGAAGUCUCUGCUAUGCGUGUCACCAAGGAGCCUGAUCAGAGGGCACGGCGCUCAAGUGCUCCCCGAAGGGUUGUAAAUAGCUCUCAUACACUUUCUUCUAGGAAUGCACAUAAGUCUAGGUGAUUGACAUGGCCACAUGAAGGGCGCCACACCAAUUCUUCGGAUCUGCAAUCAAUAUAAUUGUACGGUUUUGUCUAUGAUUUUUUUGCUCGUCUCCAUCUAUUUAAGUUGUCUUGUCCAGGUAGGCAAUUUGUAAAGAACUGACUUGAGGUUUCUCAGGUCACCCUGCCGUGUAUAUUUCUUUUGUACUAAUAUUUCCCAAAAAUAUACCAACCGUGGGUGGCAUGAAAGUUAUGAAAGAGAUGUGGCUUGUUCGA